ACAACUUCCGUUGCUUCUGUCUCUAUAGGCGUCUUCUUCUUGUAAGUCUCCUUUUUGAGUUCAUUUUCGCCUAUAAAUCCUUUCCAAUACCAACUUUCCACGCGAUAUCAGACUGAAAGAGAGAGAUGGCAAAGAUAUGUUUAACGGCAACGGUGGUGGUGGUGGCUCUUGCUCUGGUGGCCACAGCCGCGACGCUCGCCCAUGCUGAGGCGGAUAACCCUGAGAAGGUGGACAAGUGGUUCAACGGGCUUAGCAACACCAAGCGCAAGACCACACGCCUCCACUUCUACCUCCAUGACAUGCUCUCGGGCAAGAGCCCUACGGCAGUGCGCAUCGCCGAGUCCACUAUGACCAAGAAGUCCCCGACACAGUUCGGGGUGGUCUACAUGAUGGACGAUGCAUUGACCGAGGGACCUGAGCUAGAGUCCCCCCUCGUGGGCCGGGCUCAGGGGUUCUAUGGCUCCGCCGCGAUCGAAUCGCUGGGCCUGCUCAUGAACAUGAACCUCGUAUUCACGGGCCCGAAGUACAAUGGCAGCACUCUGAGCAUAAUGGGCCGCAACCCGGCAUUGGAGACCUAUCGGGAGAUGUCCAUUGUAGGCGGAACCGGCAUUUUCCGGUUAUCAAGCGGAAUCGUGACGGCAAAGACAUACUUUCUCAACCUCACCACCUUUGAUGCGGUAGUUGAAUAUAAUGUAAUUGCUAUGCAUUACUAGAUACUAAUUGGACAAAAUCAUGGCUAAUGCUGUAGUCCAUUUCUACUUUUGACCUUCGGCUUGUGGGAU